AUGGCUAAAGAAAAGAAGGAUAAGCCAUCCGAGAAGAAGAAGGAUAAGAAAAGAAAGGGUGGAAGUGACAGCGAAGAUGAAUACAAACCAGAGAAAGAAGUUAAAAGGGAGAAUGGUGAACCAACCCAGAGACGAAAGAAGAAGGAGGAGGAACCAGAAGAUGUCUGGGAAUGGUGGAAAGAAGAGAAGAAGCCAGCUGGUGUGAAAUGGAACAGCCUUCACCACAAAGGGCCACUUUUUGCACCGCCGUAUGAACGCCUGCCAGAACACGUCAAGUUCAAGUACGACGGGAAGGUUGUUCUCCUUUCUGAAGAGGCAGAAGAAGUUGCAACGUUUUAUGCAAAAAUGUUAGAUCACGAGUAUACCACAAAAGAAGCAUUUAACAAGAACUUUUUCCGUGACUGGCGAAAGGUAAUGACUCCAUCGGAACGCGAAUUAAUUACUGACUUGAACAAGUGUGACUUCCGGCAGAUGGAUGUUUAUUUCAAAGAACAAUCCGAAAUACGGAAGUCCAUGAGUAAGGAAGAGAAAGCUAAGAUCAAGGAAGCGAAAGAGGCCGAAGCGAAAAUUUACGGUGUUGCGUUCAUUGAUGGUCAUAAGCAAAAGGUUGGAAACUUCAGGAUAGAGCCUCCAGGAUUGUUCCGUGGUCGAGGUGGUCAUCCGAAAAUGGGUAUGCUGAAGAAACGGAUCAGACCUGAAGAUGUUAUCAUCAACUGCUCCAAGGAUAGCGAGAUACCAGUGGCUCCAGAUGGUCGCAAAUGGAAAGAAGUUCGGCACGACAACACCGUAACGUGGCUGGUAUCGUGGACCGAAAACGUUCUAGGGCAAAACAAAUACAUAAUGCUGAAUCCGAGUAGUAAGAUUAAGGGUGAGAAAGACUACGAGAAGUACGAAACUGCGCGGCGCUUGAAAUCUCGGAUUGAUGACAUUAGAGCGGUUUAUACUGCUGAUUGGAAAUCGAAAGAAAUGCGUGUGCGGCAAAGGGCGGUUGCGCUCUACUUCAUCGAUAAGCUCGCUCUUCGAGCAGGUAAUGAAAAGGACGUCGACGAAGCGGCUGAUACUGUUGGUUGUUGUUCAUUGCGUUGUGAGCAUAUCAAGCUAUACGAGAAACUUGAAGACAAAGAAUAUGUGGUGGAGUUUGACUUCCUCGGUAAAGACUCCAUCCGUUACUUCAAUCAAGUACCGGUCGAGAAGCGGGUUUUCAAAAAUCUCCAGCUUUUCAUGGAUAACAAAGAACCAGGAGACGAUCUCUUCGAUAGGCUUGAUACUGCUUCACUCAACGAACAUUUACGCUCUCUUAUGGACGGCCUCACUGUGAAGGUGUUCCGUACUUACAACGCAUCUAUCACUCUUCAGCAGCAGUUAGCCAAACUAACAAACCCUGACGACAACGUUCACCAGAAGAUGCUUUCGUACAAUAGGGCAAAUCGGAUGGUUGCCAUUCUGUGUAACCAUCAACGUGCCGUGCCGAAAGGGCAUGAAAAAGCUAUGGAAAAUUUGGAGCAAAAGAUAAAAGACAAGAAGCGGGAGCUUAAAGAAGCCAAAGCCGAGCUAGAAAAAGCAAGAGGUGCUGCGAAGGAGAAGGCAAAGAAGAAAGUAGACCGCUUGAAAGAACAAUUGAAGAAAUUAAAAAUCAGCAGAACUGACAGAGACGAGAACAAGCAGAUCGCGUUGGGUACAUCAAAGCUUAAUUAUUUGGAUCCCCGGAUUUCGGUAGCUUGGUGCAAGAAAUUCAACGUGCCAAUAGAAAAGGUUUUUAAUAAAACCUUGCGAGAAAAGUUCCGUUGGGCUAUCGAUAUGACCAUGUCAUCGGAUGAAGAAUAUAUUUUCUAA